AUGCUUCAGCCCACUAUGAGGGUUGUAUUUCUCUCAACCAAAUCCUUCCAUGGAUCAGUUAUUUUUCCACUCUUUUCUGGGGGGAUUCUUACGCUUCCGAACAGGAAAAUAGACAUCACGAUUAAGUUCAUCUUUCCUGCUGACGGCCACAACACACGUUCAUUUGAAUUCUUAUACGAAAGACUCGUGGAAAAGAUCAAGAAUAAUUUAUAUGAAGACAAUCUGCUUUUGACAGCAGACAUUGUAGACGAAGCAGCCCGAAAGUACGAACAAGUUAUACAGAUGUUCCGAGACUUAUCUAUGGAUGUGCGUUUGUCUCUCGCGAGUCCAUUGCUGCACGGCACGGCCACUGCAGAAUGGUCUAAGAACAGACAUUUGAAAGGGUUUCUCCACGAACAAGUCCAAAUAGCAAUCUCGAUUGAAGUGAAUACUCCACCAACAAAAGACCGUCGCAAGCUCAGUUACAUCCAUUUACGACCCAUUGGGGUGGAUGACACCACUUAUAAAACCAAGGUAUUCAUCCAGUCACUUGUAAGAGUAAUUACACGGAUGAAAAAAGGUAUGGAUGGGCUUAGUGGAGUCCAUGAGGGACCUCCGCAGAGAGCCCCUCCGAGAGGGCAUAGGCCUUUGCGCAUACAUGUGCUCUAA